AUUCCCUGCCACCAAUUCGUUUUCUAUUACUUUCCUCAGGAUCUAAUGCCAAUUGCCUCUUGACACAAUCGCUUUUUGCUCGCCCAUUGUCACGGUCGUUGUUCGAAAUGUCACCCUCGUCGCCACUUCCAGUCGCGUCUGAUCCCAUUGGCAGACGCGCCAGUCCGCCUACAGUCACGACGGAUUUUGCAUUUCUUGUGCAUUCGCCAGAAACAGUUGCGAAUAAAAUGCCUCCAGAUGUCGACAACAAACCUCUCGCUCGUCAGAAACGCAGACGCACUUCUAAGGAGGACGAAGACAUUCUUAAGGCUGAGUACUUGAUCAACUCGAAACCAGACAAGGCCGCGCGUCUGGAGAUUGUCAGCAAAGUCGCGCUUGGCGAGAAGGAGGUCCAGAUCUGGUUUCAGAACAAAAGACAGAACGACCGCCGCCGCUCGCGACCCCUCGAGCCCUCUUCUUCUGCGUCGCUGAUGUCAUCGUCGUCCAAUAUGUCUGAUCCCGCGACUGAAGACGAGCACGCGCGCGACAGCGGGAGCGCGCCAGAGCCGGAGCCCGAGGCGCCCAAGACCGACGCACCAGCGCGAGCAACGACGCCUGGAGUCGCUUCAGACGAAACAGCUCCAGAGCCGCACACGACUGAGAAGACCACAGCAGUAGCAGAAAACGACACCCAGACAACGACACAGCCAACAGUAGAGCCCUCCAACGACCCUCAGACUAUCGGUACUGCGCCCACAGAAAUCAGCGACUCCCAGCAGAGCGCAUCAGGGUCACAGAGUGCUCAACCUCGAACAUCAUGGAUCUCGAACCGUCGCAGCGCGUCUUUCGUACGCUCUGCUGAAGACUACGCGCCAGAGACUAUCACAUUUCCGAACCCACCUCCUAAAGCUACCGAGUCCCCUAAGACAUCGAAGUCGGUGAACACGCGUCCUCUGAAACGCGCACACUCCUUUGUACGGAUAGCCACAAACGAAGAUGGCUCAGCACACAUCGUCACAGAUCUCGACAAGACCCCAUCUCCUCCUCAUCCAAAGACGGCCCCGGUCCCUUUCGCCCGCGCCGCCGCUGGUCUAGGAAGAAGCUACAGUGCUGUGGGCUUGAAUGAUCGUCUCUUUGCUGCGGCGAGAGGAGAGCCUAGUCCGAAAAUGGCUCGGGUCUCACCCAACAUUGGCAGGAGUAGAGAUUCAAGGGCUUGGGAAUUCUGGUGUGAUCCUGAUACACGACACAACACAAGCUUGACAGCACGCGCAGAGCAGGAAGGCAGUGGAAGUGCAGCAGACGCCAUUGGACUAUUGCGCGCGAAUAGGAGGAUCCUCGCUCAGAACCAGGCACGACAGAACACACCUCUGAAGUCGAGACAGAGCUCGCACAGAGUGCUCGGCUCAUCAGGAGUGAAGAAGUCCCGGGGAUCCAUCCAACGCGCGUCAACUUUCAACGUGUUCUCGAGUGGAAAGAAGCAGAGAGACAGCGAUGAGACAGAGUCAGACGAGUUCCCUUCUACAGAAUCCGACAAGGAGAACUGGGAGCCAGACAUGCCAAAAUCAGUGCGUAGGCGGGGCUUUGCUACACCUGGUUCAGCGACACGACCACGUCAAGUUCUCGGCGAGAACACUAACAUCAUCUCACAGAGUGCCAGCCUCGGUGCUCUGCUAGCUAAAGCAAAGAAAGGAGGCAAGGGCACCGUCGACCCAGAGCAAAACGACGAAUUGAGGGCAUUCAUGAACGGUGACAACGGCAGUGCACGCACAAACUUGAGCUCAGCAGAAGAAGCAGGAUGCGUGGAAGGGUUGUUGGCACUGAGUCAGGGCCAAUGGAGGUGAUUAGGAGGAUGGCUUCGGGUUCAGAAGGACGUCGUCAGGCCAUUAGCUGCUUGAUCUGUCUGUUUGAUUUUGUCACAGCAUUUAGCGCAUCGGUGUUGGUGUUGGUGUUCGAUAUGGACGGCGUUAUACCAACCUACAAAGAGAGACCUGGAGUUCAGGAGUUGCUACAUCGGUCUUGUUUGGUACUUGUUACCAGUGCAAUGCAUUUUACCAGCCGCGGGACUCCUUACACCGGACACACUCGACUUGCUCACAGCAACUAUUCUAGAUUCGUCGAACGCAAGGUGCACCGCUCGCUUUGAUAUGUUUCACAGCAAGCUGAGACGCCCA